CUGCCAAGUUCAGGGGUUCCUUGGAGUAGCAUUAAAGACAGUGUUCUGGAUCUUCCUCACACUACCGGAUGCCAGCACCACCCUUGGAAAUCUGAUGCAACAAAAGGGAAAGCAGAUUUCAUGAACACAAAAGUUGCAUUCAUGUCUUGAUGAUUUUUGCUUGCACGAAAAUGGCUUCUGCUUCCGAGGCGCUAAGCUCCAUCCUCUUCAUCAUCCUCUUCCUAUUGAUAAGCCUAUCUUUUCAGAAAACCUACAUUUUGUCUGUGGAUGCUCUGUUUCACCCGGCAGGAAACUUCCACAUCCAUGUCCUAUCAGAGAACGGACAAGAAAAUGACAUCCAGAUUAAGAAAAUCUCUGGACAAGAUGAGAAUAAUGGGAAGGGUCUUCUGAUAGCGGAAAGGUUCAGAGCUUUGCUCGGACUCCACAGUUUCCAAACCCGAAGGUCAUCCAAUGGCGAUUCUGAGUUUCUCUCUCCAUCACCUUCUCCCUCACCUACCACUGAACUCGAGGCUCCAUCUCCAUCUCCAUCCCCUGUUCCGUUACCGCAUGUGUAUGCUCAUCACUUUCCUCCACGGCAUCGUUCCCAUUUCAAUCCAUCAGCUCACAAGUUUCAACAUAAAGAUAGAGGGAAAGCUCAGGCAGUACUAGUAGGUGUUCUUGUGUCCGUGGGGUUUGCUACAGUGAUUUGUGCUGUUGGGCUUAUCUGGUUUUUCAGAAAAUGCAGAAAGCAUGCAAAGAAACCCAAAAGGACGAUGCCACUCUGUAGCAAGAACGGAGGAAGCGGCGGUAUUUAUGAAAACUCGUCAAGUCAGGUGGGUUUGAACUCGACCAUAGAUCUAUUUUAUCUGAAUGCUUUAGGCGAAGAUAUAGAGCAACACACCUGCAGCUUGAAACAAACCUCUGAAACAGUAAACACAAGCUCAAAUGAUAUCUCCAUCCCAAAAUGUGCAAUUUAUGAGAAGAUGGAAUUAAAUCAAGAAGUGAUCAGUUCAGGAUAUGAUAAUGCUAGCAGUUCUUCCACAAAGGAAAUUCUAUCUGUUCACGAGGAUGCUGAAUCAGUGAAACAUGAAUCCGAAUCUGAUGAUGGUGAAGAUAAAAUUAUUACAAUGGAACGCAAUUCAUCAGAGACUGAAAGUUUUCAUUCCUUCGCCGAUUCCCACUCGUCAAAUGUCAGACUUUCUGAUGCUUCAGCGGGUAGUGUGACUGAGACGGUGUCUCCGUCGCCUCGAGUAUCUCAGUCUAAUUCUAUCAGCUCGCCGAUUCCAUUCACGAAGAAAAUUCCUCAUUCGCCCCAAACCUCAACUUCAAUAAUAGAAUCUCCUCAAUCACGAUGCAUUACCAAACAGGAAGAGCAAAAGAUUGAAACUCGUUCACAACGUCCCCAAGCCGCCACGCCUCCUCCGCCGCCGCCGCCGCCUCCUCCAACUCUACAAAUGCCCUUGUUUUCUUUGCAUUCUCUUACUUCUUCAUCAAGAAUAUCCUCCGACUCUCCACUUUCUUUAUCAUCCCCAAGAAACUCGGAUUCUAACUCAGCAUUGAAUAUAAGUGGAGGAAAUGAGUCGCCUAGUCCUCUUCAACCUCUCCCCCCGAGAUCGCCACGUACCAUUCCCCCACCACCAUGUCCACCAUCGCCCUUCAAAGGUAACAACAACGCAAAAACUCCACCUCCUCCGCCAUCUCAGCUUCCCCAGUUUACGCCUCUGGGGAAAGAUGGAGCCCCACUACCAAAACUUAAACCACUUCACUGGGAUAAAGUAAGAGCUGCCCCGGAUCGCACAAUGGUUUGGGACAAGCUGCGAACAAGCUCAUUUGAGUUUGAUGAGGAAAUGAUCGAGUCACUUUUUGGCUACAAUUUGCAAAAUUCAUUGAAGAACGAUGAGACAAAGAGCAAAAGUCCUUCUCCAAGCAAACACCUACUCGAGCCAAAGAGGUUGCAGAAUAUCACAAUCCUCUCAAAAGCGCUGAAUGUGACAGCUGAACAAGUAUGUGAAACCCUGAUACAAGGCAAGGGCCUCGCUUUACAACAACUAGAGGCACUGGUGAAGAUGGUACCCACUAAGGAAGAAGAGGAUAAGCUCGCGAAUUAUAAAGGAGACGUCAACGAUUUGGGAUCCGCGGAGAAGUUUGUGAGAGCAAUGCUGAGCAUACCCUUUGCCUUUCAACGUGUUGAAGCCAUGCUUUACAGAGAAACUUUUGAGGAUGAGAUUGUCCACCUCAGGAACUCUUUUUCAAUGCUCGAGGAGGCGUGCAAGGAGCUCAGGUCAAGUAGGCUCUUCCUGAAAUUACUUGAAGCUGUGCUGAAAACAGGAAACCGUAUGAAUGUUGGGACAAUAAGGGGAGGUGCCCGGGCUUUCAAGCUCGACGCCCUUCUCAAGCUAGCUGAUGUUAAGGGAACUGAUGGUAAAACCACGUUGCUCCAUUUUGUUGUUCAGGAGAUUGUUCGAUCAGAAGGAAUCAGAGUUUCGGAUAGCAUUAUGGGGAAAAUCAGCCAGAAAAGCAAGAACAGAACAGAAGAAGAGAAGGAAGAUGAUUACAGAAGAAUGGGAUUGGAACUUGUUUCUGGUUUGAGUACUGAGUUGUACAACGUAAAGAAGACAGCGACAAUCGACUUAGACGUUCUUGCCAGCUCUGUCUCGAACCUCAAAGACGGAAUGGCUAAGCUGCAAUAUCUGGUACAGGAGUUACAUGCGGAUGAAAAGGGCGAGAACUUUGUGAAUUCGAUGAAGGCUUUCCUGAAUUAUGCAGAGAGAAAUCUGAGGGACCUGCAAGGAGAUGAAGAUAGAGUGCUGGCUCGUGUGAAAGAAAUCACAGAGUAUUUUCACGGGAAUGUGAGCAAAGAAGACGCAAAUCCACUCCGAAUAUUUGUGAUUGUAAGAGACUUUAUGGGCAUGUUGGAUAAUGUAUGUAAGGAAAUCAGAAGGUCCCAAGCUCCCCGCUGCCCAAAUCCGCUCGCUCCAUUCAGGUAGAUUAGAGUGUAUACUGUAUGGUGUGUUCAUACUUCAUAGGAUCAAAUUACCGACAGAUUGAGUGUAACUUUAUUUUGAUUUUGUUGGAGCGUUGGAGCAUUUGAACCUCUCAUUCCAAGUGUUUCACAAUCCUGUGGGGCGCUGACUAAUAGUAAUACUAUUCUCCUCUCAUCCUCAUAAUUUAAAUUUAAAUUUGUUAAUUUUUUACGAAAA